UAUUCUUUUUAUUAUUGGUAACAUGCAAUUGUUGUGUAUGUGUGUGUGUGCGCGGCCCUGCGUGGCUCUUUUCUUGCUUGGAGGAGAAGGAAAGAAGGCGUACUUUGACAUAUAAUUGAACGAAUGAAUAAAUGGAUAGAUGGAUGAAUAACACGAACCUAGGGCCUUACCGCUUAGAUACAUGAUACAUCUACCUAACAUCUGUCCCUACGUUACUGGACACCCUAUGUAACUAGACAAACUAUCAGGUACUCGCUACUAGUACCCUGUUCUUCUUACGGUCAAAUAUCCUUCAUACGUCCAUACCCUGUCUCUAAAUAAAUACUCCCCUCGCUGAAUGUUCCUUGCGACAACGCUAUGCUCAGAUAACAGCAAGCACGAUAUAUAGUCGUGCAGCUACACCAACUACAUACAGCCUAUAUAACUCUCUACGUGCCUUGUGGCAGCCAAAUCUUCCGGUGAAGCGUGGGGGGCUUAGCCGGCUGCCACCUUGGCGUGCACCGCCCCGAAGGCUGUCAACAGCUUUUAGUUGUCCUAGACAGCACUUAUCUUUUGCGUCCUUGACUUCUCUGCUCUGGAGGAGGUGUUAUAGCGAUGCGAACUAUUCAGUUCAACUGGCCUCGCAUUAUGAAUUUUCUGUAAUUACUCAAGUGGAGCUGCCUUAUGUCUAGCUCUUCUUGUGUGCAUGCUUACGACCACCGACGUAAACGCUAGAUCGAUCCGAUACGCGAUCCUUGUUACAAAUCUGUUUACAGAUAUUAUCUUAGCGGUUUCCCUCGAUUCCGCACUGAAUCUCGCUUGCCUUCAGUUUCGAAAGCAUCUGAAGAAAUUAUGGACAUACAGCACUUAUGUCGAUACUGUAGCUACAACCGAACCAGACUCGAACAUUGGGUCGAAGUUCCAGUUAUAAAAGGAAUACCGCUCAAUAACUUACUUGAAUCAUCACUAAGAUGCGCACGUUGUAUGAUAUUCAACGAGACCCUACGCCAGAAUGAAGUUUUAUUGUAUGGUAUCGGUGGAAACGGGCGCAUUUCUCUGGAUAUUCACCUACUGCCCAAAGAACAGGCCACUCAAACAUAUGACCCAGAUUCACUUAUUUUCUCUUCUAUAGUAGAGAAGGAUCCUAUCACAACGGACCUGUUUCAAUGGGAAUUCGACCCCUUUCUCAAGGACCUCGAUUUGGGGCAAUACUUCCGCUUCGAGCACCCAGUUCGACCUCCUGAUAGAAGUAUGGAGUACCUCCACCUGGGCAUGUUGCGCCGUUGCUAUGAAACAUGUCUCAUGGAGCAUAGCGCCUGUCGACAGGAUACUACUCCGAUGUUUGUGCCGACUCGGCUAAUCGAUGCUUUCGACAUGACGCUCAGUCACACAUCUUGGUUUUCUGAAAACUCGAGAGCAGAUCGACGAUAUGCUGCACUAAGUCAUCAAUGGGGACAAGAGGACUUUUUUAAGCUCACAAGAAUAACUAUGGCAGAGAUUACGAGGGAUGGGCAGACUGUGAUUCCGUUGAAUCAUCUUCGCCGGACGUUUCAAGACGCAAUAAAAUGCACUGAGAUGCUUGGAUUAAAGUACCUCUGGAUCGAUUCACUCUGUAUCAUACAAGGCCCCAAGGAUGAAUCGGAAUGGCAUCGUGAGGCAGCUUUGAUGGCCCAGAUAUACCGCAAUGCUGCAGUUACUAUUGCCGCUUCGGAUGCAGCAAGGCUAAAAGAUGGAUUUCUUUGGACAAAACUCUCAGAACCAAAUGCUUCCAUAUCGCUUGGCUCUCGAUACAAUGGCUCUGUGGGAACGGAGCUUCUCGUUACUCGCGACUGUGAGAAACCCCUGGACCGUCGAGGUUGGGUGGUACAGGAGCAUCUUCUUGCCCUUAGGACAAUCCAUUUUUCGGAUCCCAUCGUCUGGGAAUGCCGAGAAUUGACAGCAAAGCGGGUAUCUGGUAGGUUAUCUGUUUUCCCGUCAAUCUCGACACCGAAGAUUUGGACUUCGAAGGCUCGACAGGGAGAUGGCUAUGAAUUAUGGAAGCAGAUUAUUGAGAGAUAUUCAAACUGCUUGCUGAGCGUCUCGAGUGACAAACUCGUUGCUAUUAGUGGCGUAGCUAGAGUACUUGCUACCGCACUCAACUGGGAGUAUAUUGCGGGACACUGGACACAAACAAUUCUUCCAAGUCUACUUUGGGAAACGGCUACUCUCGAUAGUUCCAGAGCUGAAGACUACCGAGCCCCAUCAUGGUCUUGGGCAUCGAUUGAUGGCCGUAUCAAAUUCCUGGCUAUCUCUGAGGGAUUUUCCCCACUUGCAGAAGUUAUCAACGCCGAAGUCACAUCACCGCACUCGGACCCUUUUGGAGAGCUAUCAAGGGCUUCGCUUCGGAUGAAGUGUCGUCUGAUUCCUCUUGGCGUCAUCACCCCACAGGAGCUGGUAUAUAACGACAAAAAUCUACGAGUAUCUUUGGAUGGCUUCUACACGGCUCAUAUGUACUUGCUGCCGUUGAUCAAGAUAUCUAACGGAGAGCAAUACUUGUCACUUCUACUCAAAAAAAAUAUAGCGGCAAAUUCCAUGAAAGAGCGGGAGUACCAGCGCUUGGGUGACAUGGUGACAUAUUUACAUGGGCGGCAAGAGAUCAAUCCAGGAAUACAGGCUCCACCUAUGAACUGGACCUGGUGGUCUAAUGCUUUCUACUGUAGAGAGAAGCCGGAGGGCGCGGUGCGCGCUUUCAACGCGGAGGAUUUCGAGGUUGGCUCGAUUCAUGAGAUCGACCUGAUAUAGGCACCACGCUUGAUGUUUUUCGAAUAAGCAUGUUGGGUUUUCUACCCCAUUGGAAACGUCAUCAAUAGGUAUUCUGGUAUAUGGUGUGCCUGAGAAAUCUAUCCCAGACUGUCAGCGGAAGCGUAUUCCUUCAAUUUCAACGAAUAAUCAUUCGAUGAUCACGAGUGCUU